CAACUAUGAAGGUGUCUUUAUGUAGUAGUAGUAAACCGUUGGGUGAAACAGUGAAAGUGGAUGAUGGCGCGUGGCGAGAGCUGACGGAUUCGUGUAACCCCCAGGCCAAACACGUUUCUACUUCUACUUAACCCAUUCCCUUUAUUUAUUUUUGUUUCUGUUCACCACGUCGCAUUUUUUAAUCUGUAAUCAUCACCAUUAAUAUGGUCGACCAAACUAGUAAUUUCCUUGAGCACCAUACUUUUGUGUGAGGAUAAUGAGACUCCCAAGAAGAAGACUCGAUAAUCCCCAAGUUACACGUUCUCUCGACUUAUUGACAAAUCUAUCCCUGCGCUUAUUUACCAUUCACAUAUACUGCCACUUCUUAUUCUGACGUGGCGUAAUAGUAUUGGAUAAAACGGUAUUAUCUACCCCUAAGUCGAUUAUAGUAUAUAUAUAAAGCAACAAAGCAGUUGCAAAUUUCAAGAUAGUCGUCACUUUAGUCGCAGCACCACCACCAAUUUCGAAUUUAGCAUUUCUGAAUUCCGACUCUGAGAAUCGGCGGUUACCGGGAAAUAUGUCGGAGACUGAUAGAGAGCGUCCGUUAUUAGCAUCGGAGGAGAGAGCUUAUGAAGAAACCGAGAAAGUUCUCAUAGUCGGAAUCGACGAAGAAGAAGACGCUGAUUACGACGAUGACCCCGGAAACUCUCCUAAAUUCUCAUGGAAGAAGCUUUGGCUAUUCACUGGACCUGGUUUUCUGAUGAGUAUCGCUUUCCUCGAUCCAGGUAAUCUCGAGAGCGAUCUUCAAGCUGGAGCCAUCGCUGGUUACUCUUUGAUUUGGCUAUUGAUGUGGGCUACGGCGAUUGGGCUUCUGAUUCAACUUCUAUCUGCCCGUCUCGGUGUGGCGACGGGUAGACAUCUGGCGGAGUUGUGUCGAGAAGAGUAUCCGACUUGGGCAAGGAUGGUGCUUUGGAUUAUGGCGGAGAUUGCUUUGAUCGGAGCUGAUAUUCAGGAAGUUAUUGGUAGUGCUAUAGCUAUCAAGAUCUUGUCUAAUGGAUUGGUUCCUCUUUGGGCUGGUGUUGUUAUCACUGCUCUUGAUUGUUUCAUCUUUCUAUUUUUGGAGAAUUAUGGAAUAAGGAAACUAGAAGCUGUGUUUGCUAUUUUGAUUGCAACAAUGGCUCUUGCAUUUGCUUGGAUGUUUGGUCAGACGAAACCCAGUGGAACUGAGCUCCUUGUUGGAGCAUUGGUCCCUAAGCUUAGCUCCAGGACUAUCAAACAAGCUGUUGGUAUUGUGGGAUGUAUUAUCAUGCCUCACAAUGUGUUCUUGCAUUCAGCACUUGUGCAAUCCAGAGAAGUCGAUCCGAAAAAGAGAUUCCGGGUCAAAGAAGCUCUCAAGUACUACUCCAUUGAAUCCACUGGUGCUCUUGCGGUUUCUUUCAUUAUCAACGUCUUUGUGACCACGGUGUUUGCCAAGUCGUUUUACGGGACAGAGAUAGCGGACACCAUCGGUCUUGCAAAUGCUGGACAGUACUUACAGGACAAAUACGGGGGUGGGUUUUUCCCGAUACUGUAUAUAUGGGCGAUUGGAGUCUUAGCUGCUGGUCAGAGUAGUACCAUCACAGGUACGUACGCCGGACAGUUUAUAAUGGGAGGGUUCUUGAAUCUCAAGAUGAAGAAAUGGGUUAGAGCCUUGAUCACAAGAAGCUGUGCAAUCAUACCAACAAUGAUCGUGGCGCUUGUCUUUGAUUCAUCGGAUUCUAUGCUUGAUGAGCUCAACGAAUGGCUAAACGUUCUUCAAUCGGUUCAGAUCCCUUUCGCUGUGAUCCCACUCCUUUGCUUGGUCUCCAAUGAGCAAAUCAUGGGCAGUUUCAAAAUUCAACCUUUAGUCCAAACAAUCUCAUGGAUAGUAGCUGCUCUUGUGAUAGCCAUUAAUGGGUAUCUAAUGGUGGAUUUCUUCUCAGGAGCUGCAACGAAUUUGAUUUUGCUUGUGCCAGUGAUCAUAUUCGCAAUUGCUUAUGUUGUGUUUGUACUUUACCUUAUCUCACGAGGACUCACGUACACUCCUUGGCAACUAGUGGCUUCUUCACAUAAAGAACCACAGAGGGAUGAUGAGUGAGUAAAGGAAAAGCAAAGAGACCUUUUCAUUGAAGAAUAAGAAUAAGAGAGAUUGCUCUUUUUAGUGAAACAAACAAUAGAAAGUUGAGUUUCAGUAUGGUAACAAAACAAUGUCCUGAUGUAUUUGUAUUAUAGUGUUUUAUGGUUUUUAGAGUAUAGCUUUGGAAGAAUCCGAAUCGUAUCGUUUGUGUAAAACUUCCGGCGUUUCUUAGAAUUUUGGCAGAAAUAAAACGUAAACAUGAAGUUCCUUCUUCAGAUGUGCGUUAUUUCAUUUUCUUUUAGAUAGAUUUUUUUUUUUUGGGUUUAAGUAUAUAAGUU